AUGUCCCGACGCGGGGUCAUCAAAGACAUCAUUAUCACGCCCGUGGCGUUCCGUGAUAUGCCCCUGCUCAACAGCGUGGGCGUACACGAACCAUUUGCUCUGCGCAGCAUCAUCGAGGUCAUUACAGAAGACACUUACGGCUUGGGGGAGUCCUACGGCGACUCAACGCAUCUUGAUCGCUUGAAAGCAGCAUCUGAGCAGAUCAAGGGUCUCUCGGUGUACAACACAAAUGGCAUCUAUCAGAAGUGCACCGCGUCGCUCGAGGGCAACGCUACAUCUGGAGGUGAUGGCAUGGCAGGCAUGGUGACGACGGCGUCCGUUGCUGACAAGGUUUUUUCUCCUUUUGAGGUGGCGUGCCUCGAUAUUCAGGGCAAGUUAGCUGGCGUUCCUGUAAGUGACCUGCUCGGCGGCCGCGUCAGGGAUCAAGUCCAGUACUCGGCGUAUCUAUUCUACAAGUGGGCGGGUCACCCGGGCGAGGCGGACGACGAAUAUGGAGCUGCCCUCGAUGCGCCGGGUCUGGUAAGACAGGCGCAGAAGAUCAUUGAUGAGUACGGCUUCAAGGCAAUCAAGCUCAAGGGCGGCGUGUAUCCACCUGCUCAGGAGGUCGAGGCCAUCAAGGCACUGCAUGCGGCUUUCCCCAACGUGCCUCUGAGGCUCGACCCGAACGCCGCUUGGACCGUGGAGACGUCAAAGUGGGUUGCGGCCGAGCUCAAAGGUAUUGUCGAAUACCUGGAAGACCCGGCACCUGAGAUCGAAGGCAUGGCUGCCGUGGCCAAGGACGCUUCAAUGCCUCUGGCGACCAACAUGGCUGUCGUAGCCUUCUCACACCUUCCAUCGUCAAUUCAGCAAGAUGCCGUGCAGGUAAUUCUGUCCGAUCACCACUUCUGGGGUGGCCUGCGCAAGUCCCAGCAGCUCGCUGCGAUAUGUGCAACGUGGGGAAUGAGACUGUCGAUGCACUCCAACAGUCACCUCGGCAUCUCCUUGGCCGCCAUGACGCAGCUUGCGUCAGCAACAACGAACCUCGACUACGCCUGCGACACUCAUUGGCCAUGGAAGCGUCGAAAUGAAGAUGUUGUCGUUGACGGCGCGCUGAAGUGGUCGGAGGGCGGCGUCAUCGUACCGAAAACACCAGGGCUAGGCGUUGAGUUAGACCGUGGUAGACUCGCUCGGUUGCAUCAACAAUAUCUCGACUGUGGCCUGCGAAAGAGAGAUGACACCACUUACAUGAAAAAGUUUCAUCCGGACUUCUCGGCACAUAUCCCAAGAUGGUAA